AUGGAAAUUAAUGUUCAAGCUAUAGUUAUUGAUAAUGGUUCUGAUACGUGUAAAGCUGGUUUUGUUGGUGAAGAAGCUCCACAUUCAGAGUUCCCAUCGAUUGUUGGUAUUGAUCAAAAUGAUUCAUAUGUUGGUAAUGAAGCUCAAUCAAAAAGAGGUAUUCUAACUCUUAAAUAUCCAAUUGAACGUGGUAUUAUUACCAAUUGGGAUGAUAUGGAAAAAAUCUGGCAUCAUGCUUUUUAUAAUGAACUUGGUGUUGCUCCAGAGGAAAAUAUAGUAGUUUUAUCUGAAUCACCAUUAAAUCCAGAAGAAAAUAGAGAGAAAAUGGCUCAAAUCAUGUUUGAAACUUUCAAAACUCCUGCAAUAUAUGUUGAAAACCAAGCUGUAUUUUCGAUUUAUAAUUCUGGUCGUAUGACUGGUAUCGUUCUGGAUUCAGGUGAUAGUGCUUCUCAUGUUGUACCAGUUUAUGAAGGUCUUGCAUUGCCACAUGCGACUUCAAGUUUAGGUUUUGCUGGUUGUGAUCUUACUGAUCAAAUGAGUUUAUUAUUAAAUGAUCUUGGUUACAACCUUGAAAGAGAAAUAGUUAGAGAUAUUAAAGAGAAACUAUCAUAUGUUUCAUCAGAUUUUUCAUGGGAAAUUAACGAUCCAUCAACAUUAGGGAAAUCAUAUGAACUACCAGACGGUCAAGUUAUUACAAUUGAUAAAGAACUUUUUGCUUGCCCAGAGGUACUUUUCCUCCCAUAUGCAUUUUUUGGUACGAACCUUGAUGGUAUUGACAAAGCAAUCUAUAAUUCAAUCAUGAAGUGUAAUGAUGAUAUUCAUAAUGAUUUAUAUGGUAAUGUUGUAUUAUCAGGUGGUUCAACUAUGUUCCCAGGUAUUGAAUAUCGUAUGUAUAAAGGAUUAACACAACUUGCACCAUCAACAACGGAAAUUGUAAUUAAUGCAGAACCAGAUCGUAAGAACUCUGUAUGGAUUGGUGGUUCAAUUUUAGGCUUAGUUCCAAAUUUCCAAGAAUUGUGUAUUGACAAAGAAGAUUAUGAUGAAUAUGGUCCAUCGUUUGUGAACUUAGUAAAAAGUUUUAGAGAACAAAAUCACCAAAAUUAUUAUGGUGAAAAUUAA